UGUUUUCUCGCCUGUUGUCGGGGUUAACGCAUGGGCUGACGGUGCUGUUUAUUCCUGCUGGUCGCCGCGUUGGUCAGGGUCUGGAAAGAUGACUAUUCUAAUGAAAUUUUGUACUUUAGUCGUCAGUGUGUUAUGUCUGCCCCUUCAUCUGAUGCACGCGGUCGGCUUGUACGAAAUAUACAAACGCGUUUUCCCAUUCUGUGUGUACCGGAUUUCUAUAACGUACAACAAGAAAAUGCACGACAAGAAGAAGGAACUGUUUCGCAGUCUCCCAGAGUUCAACAAGCCUGACGGACAGCUCACUCUUUUGGAGAUUGGCUGCGGCUCCGGCACAAAUUUUGAAUUUUAUCCGCCCGGUUGCAGGGUGAUCUGCACCGACCCGAACCCUCAUUUCCAGAAGUAUCUGAACAAGAGCAUGGGCGAGAAUGACCACCUGAAAUAUGACAGAUUUAUGGUGGCGUCGGGGGAGGACAUGAGGUCAGUGGAAGACGAGUCGGUAGACGUUGUCGUCUGUACCCUGGUGCUCUGCUCUGUCAAGGACAUACCGCAAACUCUGCGAGAGGUUCACCGUAUCCUGCGGCCAGGAGGCGCCUUCUUUUUCAUCGAGCACGUCGUCGCAGACACUUCGACCUGGUCCUACUUCUUCCAGCACGUCUUCCAGCCCGCCUGGUACUACUUCGGCGACGGAUGCGAGAUCACCCGGGAGACGUGGAAACACGUGGAGACGGCCGGAUUCUCCGAGCUCAAACUGAGACACGUCGAAGCUCCUCUCCUCUUCCUGAUCAAACCGCACAUCACAGGCUAUGCUGUCAAAUAAAUUCGGCCUGAUUCCUCUCUGUAGUAAAACCUCCCUCACAAUUAUCAGUGUACAAAUAUACCGAGCACUAAAUGCCUCUCCUGUUGUUUGUGAGUGAUCACCAGUGAUAGAGAUAAUGCCAGUCACUUUGAUACUAACUUUAUUUUUGUACUGAAAAAAACUUUCAGUGUUUUUUUUUUUUUUUUUUUUUUUUUUGUAAAGACCAAUGAUUUAACAUUGAAGAAGCACCUUACCUAGACAGCGCACAGUACUAAUUUUGUAUGAAGUUGAAGGGGGGAAAAAAAAUCUGGAUGUUUGUUUAUUCUUAUAUCUUUUCCUCAUCUCCAAGUUGCUUGCUGAUAAAUCAGUGUGAUACUGCCAUAGAGAACUGCUCUCUUAUCAGUGUUUAUCCGUGUGCUACUGCUGGAUUGUAGACUGCCUUUUAAAAUGUGAUUUGUGUGAACGAUUGUGCCACUAGAAUGUAAAUUGUGUUGUGAAGGUGACUGUGUUGUGUCAGAAUGUUAGUGAUUAAAGAAUUGAUUCCUGAUGAA